UUUUUGGGGGAGUGGCAGCAACGGAAACAAUGAAUAUAAGGGAAACACUGCCUGUAAUUAUUUCUGUCUCUGUGAUUAAUGUGCAUCUCUCUCCCUCCACAGAGACCAGUAAGGUGGACUAUGUGCUGUUCCAGGCAGCCACGGCCGUCAUGGAGGCGGUGGUACGGGAGUGGAUCCUGCUGGAGAAGGCCAGCAUUGAGUCACUCCGGACAUUCCUCCUCACUUACGUUUUACAGAGACCCAAGUAGGCGUGUGUGUGUAGAGGCAGCAUGAAUUAGAUUCUCAAGGAUCUAUCAAUUUCACCUCAUGCAGGCCUGUAAUGCAGUUUAAAAGCAUGUCUCUCCUCUCUCUCUCCCAGUCUACAGAAGUAUGUUCGGGAGCAGAUCCUGCUAGCUGUAGCAGUCAUAGUGAAGAGAGGCUCUCUGGACAAGUCCAUCAACUGUAAAGGCAUCUUCCACGAAGUCAGCCAGCUCAUAAGCAGCGGCAACCCCACAGUGGUAAGAAACACAGGCCUAAUUCAUACACUUAUUACAGACACAAGAGACGCAUGUAUAAGGCUGUGUUUACACAGGCAGCCCAAUUCUCAUCUUUUUUUCACUAAAUGGUCUUUUGACCAAUCGCAUCUGAUCUUUUCAUAUAAGAUCUUUUUCAGAGCUGAUCUUAUUGGUCAAAAGACCAAUUAGUGAGAAAAAAAAUCUGAAUUGCAGCUUAUGAUUAUCAGUCAUAUUUACAUUUUAGUCAUUUAGCAGAUGCUCUUAUCCAGAGCGACUUACAGUUAGUGAGUGCAUACAUUUUCAUACUGGUCCCCCGUGGGAAAUGAACCCACAACCCUGGCAUUGCAAGCGCCAUGCUCUACCAACUGAGCUACAGGGGACUAUAUCACGUAAUAUGUCAAACAUAGAAAAAGUUUUAUGUCAUAAUUAUCAAAGACGUGGUAGGAGUACACUCAUGUAAGUUAUAUGGGAGAAGAGCUCAUCAGAAUGUUUACAAAACACUGGAAGAUAAACAAGUCCACUCCCUGAAAUCCCACAGUGAUAGAUGUUCACUGUGCUUCUGGCUUUAAAACCAGUUAAAUGUAACUAAAUAAUCGAAAAUGUAGGUAAUCUACAUAAUGCCCAAAAGUAAUUAUUUAUCAUGAGAGGGCCAUAAACAAUAUCUAGUUAUGCUGCAUACUCCAAGAAAUAUUAAAAUCUCACCUUUCUGGUAAAAAUAGUUAUAAAUUGCUGAGGAGUAGUCACUUUUGAGGACACAAGCUCAAGUACACAGUACAAAUAUGCUGAAAAUAGGAAAUAUUUUAUGAUGUAUUUCCUAUUCAACAAAACUGGAUGAAUCAGGCUUGAAAUGACAUGCUUUCUAAAUAUAGUAUAAUCAAAUUAUAAAACGACUAUCGAUAAGAAUUUACCUUAUAACUGUAAAAUACAUAUUUGUAUGUUUAGUGUUAGAAAAUGUGCAUAUUUUCUAAAGGUCUUUCUUGAUCAAAACAUCUGCCCCCAUCUCUGUGAACGUCUCACAGAGCUCUAGCGUGGCUUCCUGAACUUGUUAGGAACUCUCCUUUCAUCUCAUUAAUAUUGUCCAUCUAUGACAGUGUUUUUUGUUUAAAAUCUAUGAAUUGUUUUAGAUUACUAGCUAUAAAGAUCUCUGAAUGUGCCACAGCGACGAAACCACUCUGUCCUGCCGCACUAUGAUGUAAGGAUUCCAGGCAUAUGCAUUGUUAGUGGCUGUGACAUAGGGUUCAGCCAGGAGUUGGACAGUCGGAAGAGCGAAUGAAAUGGUAGGAGGGACAUCCCAGCUUAAAGUGGUGUCAGAUUUCACAUCCUGCUUCAUACAGGCAAAAUAUACAUACUCCUGUGUUGGUGAGAAUCAGGACUACUGCUCAAUGGAAGCCAUUUCAAUCUAUGGUGUCCACAGAUUGAUUUAUAAGCUAAAAUGUUGGUUGGAGCCGUUACCAGAACCACGCAGGUCCCCAAAACAGGGGAGUUAAAUGCCCAUGCGGUACCCACUGUUCUUUUGAGAUUUCUGGUCUCCCCAACCUGAUUUGAGCUCUCCCAGUAGUAUAACUGUCUCCACUAGAUGGCAGUCUGUCUUCAGGAGGCCAGGGAGGGUUUCAAGGCUUGGGUCUAUUUAGAUCUGUCCUCUUUAGUAAGCCGGUUGCUGUCCUUUUGUCAGCUACCCUCAAUGUAACAUAUAUGACAUCAGACGGUGUGUGUGACCUCUGACCCGUGUGUGUGUGCCCCUGCAGCAGACGCUGGCCUGCUCCAUCCUGACGGCCCUCAUCAGUGAGUUCUCCAGCUCCAGUAAGACCAGUAACAUCGGCCUCAACAUGGAGUUCCACGGCAGCUGCAAACGCAUCUUUCAGGUCAGACCUCCUCUCUUCCUCCUGCUCCUUCUCCUCCUUUCUCCUCUGUCCCUCUAACUGAAUGCUAUGCUCUCUCUGACUUGCUAGGAGUGUGUGUUUGUGUUCUGAUGUGUGUUUGUGUUCAGGAGGACAACCUGCGUCAGAUCUUCGUAUUGACCAUGGAGGUGCUGCAGGAGUUCAGUCGCAGAGAGAACCUCAAUGCUCAGAUGUCCUCUGUGUUCCAGAGAUACCUGGCCCUGGCCAAUCAGGUCCUUAGCUGGAACUUCUUGCCACCCAAUCAUAUCCUUUCUUGCGUCCACAGUGUUUCCCCAUUGGUGGGAUAUACCCCACUGGUGGGUAGUAGUUUAUUCCCUUUGGGUCAUGGAAGAAUUAUAUUAUUAUAAUUUGAAAAUAACUUUUUGGAUGGUAAAACGUUUUCAGUGUGAAGUUAAACGACUAAAAGUAGAUAAAAAGUAUUUAGAAAAGAUAAUGGAGCUCCAUGGCAAAAUGUGUAGAAUAGCAGAAAAUUUGCUUUAAAAUAGCAACAUUUUGUCUCUGCGGCCAAGAUGAGGGCCUUUAAAACCUUGCUAUUGGUCACCCUAACUUUGCCACCGCUGCUGAUAAAAUCCUAGGGGAAACACUGAAGACUAUGGUUUGAUCAGAAACAUUGGUCUUGUUUGUUAGGUGAGUCAUAGGACAAUGUGGCAGUCUUGGGUAAAGUGCAGAAGGUUUGGGGUGUGGCAUAUGGUCGUACCAUUUAUGUUUUCAUUUGUUGCUCUCAUAUUUGGCUGUGUGUGUGUUGGUUUGUUCUAAGACUGUGUGUGUGUGGGUGCGCGCACGUGUGUCAUUGGCCUGUUGAGCUCAUUGGAGCGUUAAUCCUACUCAGACUAGCAGUCUCUCUCUCCCGCCUCUAUGUUUAAAAGGAUCUGAGGUGGCGUCGCUGCAAACCAGGGUUAUGUAUCACUUUCAAAGAGGCGCUGUGUGUCUGUGCUCAUACCAGAUAGCAGCCCGAUAACCAUGUCUCUUUAAUGGGGGACAGGCAAGGGGGUCGAGGGCCGCCAGCCUCUUUAAACCCAACAGCUUGUUGAGUGUCCGUCUGGAAUGUCAAACAUGGUCCUGUGUGUCCGUGUAUGUGUGUCAGGGUUUCUGUUAGGAAAAUUUGGCUCCGGACAACGUGACCGGGAAGAUUUUAAUUUACUGGACAUUUGAGAAAUUUACCAGACAUCCAUAUGCAUUCAGAUCCAUGAGUAGAAAGAGAGAGAAAGAAACCUCCGACCUGGUGCAGCCAGCGCCAUCAAUAAACAAGGGAUAUUGGCCAAAUGAGCUACAUUUACGUGUCCUUAAACAGCCAAAUUACAAAAACACUUCCUUUUGUUUCGGUGUGUAGCAUUUGCUAAACUUUGGGUUAAGUGCUUUGCUCAAGGGCACAUCAACAGAUUUUUCACCUAGUCGGCUCAGGGAUUCAAACCAACAAUCUUUCGGUUACUGGCCCAACGCUCUAACCGCUAGGCUACCUGCUACCCAGUAGCAUAUGCUAAACUUUAUAGCGUAUUGUUUUAUUGGUUUUUACUUUCCUAAAACAAUAAUUGUCCACCUCACGGUUCAGCUGUCAGAGAUUUGAGCACUAAAUGCAUCAUAGUAUUGGCCAUGCAUAGGCCUAUAGACUUAGGUGUAUAGACCUGUAUGAUAUAAAAAAGUAAUAUAAAGGUAGAGAAGCUUAGGCCUAGCCCCAGAGUGAUAGAGAGAGAGAAAUGGAGAUCUGCCGGUGGCAUGCUACGACACUGACAUGCAUUUCUUUGUCCAUGUCAGAUAGGCUACUGCGUCUGCCAUACAGAUAUAGGUUUACAGAAAGAGGCUCAUUUGUUAAUUAUUCUAUCAGAAUAUUUGUUAUAAAGAUGAGCAUGAUAUCUUUAGAUUAUAGGAGUAAUUCUGGUAGGCCUAAAACAUGUUUCCUUACCUCAAGUUCAACUGUCGGUAGCUAAAGCUUAAUAAUAGCUACACCACACCAAACCUUCACAAAAGUUUCUAAACUUUAUUAAGGUAAUAUCAAGUGUUUAUAGGGAAAAUAUGAGCAGGCUAUUACACUGAACAAAAAUAUAAACGCAACAUCGUUUAUGUUUUGGUCCCAUGUAUCAUGAGCUGAAGUAAAAAAUCCCAGAAAUGUUCCAUACACACAAAAAGCUUAUUUAUCUCACAUUUUGUGCACAAAUUAGUUUACAAGCAUGUUGGUGAGCAUUUCUCCUUUGCCAAGAUAAUUCAUCCACCUGACAGGUGUAGCAUAUCAAGAAGCUGAUUAAACAGCAUGAUCAUUACACAGGUCCACCUUGUGCUGGGGUCAAUAAAAGGCCACUCUAAAAUGUGCAGUUUUGUCACAACACAAUGCCACAAGUGUGUCACGUUUUGAGGGAGCGUGCAGUUGUCAUGCUGACAGCAGGAAUGUCCACCAGAGCUGUUGCCAUAGAAUUGAAUGUUAAUUUCUCUACCAUAAGCCGCCUCCAACGUCAUCUUAGAGAAUUUGGUAGUAUGUCCAACCGGCCUCACAACCGCAGACCACAUGUAACCGUGCCAGCCCAGGACCUCCACAUCCGGCUUCUUCACCUCGGGAUCGUCUGAGACCAGCCACCCGGACAGCUAAUGAAACUGUGGGUUUGCACAACUGAAUUAGCCUCCUUCUGUACAUCUAUAUCUGUAUAGCAGACGCAGUAGCCUGUCGGUAUUGUAGCAUGCCGCCGGCAUAUCGCUCUCUCUCUCUCUCUCUGGGGCUAGGCCUAAGCUUCUUUUCCUUUUUAUAUAUAUUUUUUAAAUAUUAAUAUCAUACAGUGGACGCCUAUGCAUGCAAUGCCCUGAUGCAUUUAGUGCUCAAAUCUCUGACAGCUGAACUGUGAGUUGGGCCAUUAUUGUUUUAGGAAAGUAAAAACCAAAUAAAACAAUAGGCUAUAAAGUUUUGCAUAUGCUACUGGGUAGCAGGUAGCCUAGCGGUUAAGAGCGUUGGGCCAGUAACCGAAAGGUCGCUGGUUCGAAUGCCUGAGUCGGCUAGGUGAAAAAUCUGUCUGUUCCCUUGAGCAAGGCACUUAACCCUAAUUGCUCCUGUAAGUCGCUUUGGAUAAGGUCAUCUGCUAAAUGACUUAAAUGUAAAUGUAUACACAUUGAAACACAAGGAAUAGUGUUUUUGUAAUUGUGGCUCAUUUGGCCAACAACCCUCGUUUAUUGAUGGCUCUGGCUGCGUGGGUGGACAUGCAAUGCAUAUGGAUGACCGAUACAUUUCUCAAAUGUCCGAUAAAUUAAAAAUCUUCCUGGUCACUUGUCCGGCGCCACAUUUUCCUAACGGAAACCCUGGUGCGUGCUGUCUGGAUGCUUGUUUGAACAGAGAACAGAUUUAUGGAGACUUCUGGGAAGGUAAAUCGGUGUGGCCUUCUGUCCAUGUGUAUCAGACAUGUCUCUGUCUGAAUUUGAGAGUGUCCGUGACCGUGUGUGUCAAGGGGCCACUCCUUAAUUGCAUGCCUGACAGCUGUAGCCUGUUAGCCCCCCCCCCCCCCCCCUCUUUAAAGACUCUUUUUAAAACACCACAGUGGCUCCAUCCUUCAUCUAUCUGCGCCACACUCCCCCUCCGGGCCCAUUAUGUGCGUCAUCUCUUAGAGACCCGCGCCCCCUGCGUUAGUAAGACAGCGCAUCUCUCCACACUGAUGUUAACCCCAGAGUCGGGAUGGAGUUGUGGUCAGGCCUCAAGGCUGGUCAGGUGCUCUGAAUGGCUACUGUGGAUGACACAACCCCUAUGUCCUGCCCCCUGCCCCUUGCCUUGACCCACUGGGGACCUUGACAUAAACAAACACCCCAAACAGGGAGUAAGGCUAUCUUGGGGACAGUUGUCCUAACUCAGGCACAGGUGAGGGGGAAAUUGGGGAGUAGGGUUGGGUGAAAUUUGGGGAGACCGCUUCUACGGUAUGCUACUCCAAAUAUUGCAAUAUCCAAUAUAAUCGUUUUGGGCCAUUUGUGUGCUUAUUUCCAAUAUUAUAGUCACAUUCUCAUUUUUAAAGGGAGGUGGCGUUUUCAGCUGUGCUAACAUAAUUGCAAAAGGGUUUCUAAUGAUCAAUUAGCCUUUUAAAAUGAUAAACUUGGAUUAGCAAACACAACGUGCCAUUGGAACACAGGACUGAUGGUUGCUGAUAAUGGGCCUCUGUACACCUAUGUAGAUAUUCCAUAAAGAAUCAGUCGUUUCCAGCUACAAUAGCCAUUUACAAUAUUAACAAUGUCUACACUGUAUUUCUGAUCAAUUUGAUGUUAUUCUAAUGGACAAAAAAUUUGCUUUUCUUUCGGAAACAAGGACAUUUCUAAGUGAUCUCAAACUUUUGAAUGGUAGUGUGUGUAUAUAUAUAUAUAUAUAUAUAUAUAAAUAUUACUAACAACAGAUUAAACACAUUUUGGCCAAGGGAUCCGUGGAAUAAGUUUAGAGGGUGUAAUAUAAUAUUAUUAAGGCCGUGGUUACGAAUACAGAGUUUUUGACCCACGCCCCUAUGGAAACCUCUCGCAAAGCUAAGGAUCCGGAUAACGUUCUGUACAUGUGUUAUUUUACGCACACUACAUACAGUGAGGGGGAAAAGUAUUUGAUCCCCUGCUGAUUUUGUACGUUUGCCCACUGACAAAGAAAUGAUCAGUCUAUAAUUUUAAUGGUAGGUUUAUUUGAACAGUGAGAGACAGAAUAACAACAAAAAAAUCCAGAAAAACGCAUGUAAAUUUUUUUAUAAAUUCAUUUGCAUUUUAAUGAGGGAAAUAAGUAUUUGACCCCUCUGCAAAACAUGACUUAGUACUUGAUGGCAAAACCCUUGUUGGCAAUCGCAGAGGUCAGACGUUUCUUGUAGUUGGCCACCAGGUUUGCACACAUCUCAGGAGGGAUUUUGUCCCACUCCUCUUUGCAGAUCUUCUCCAAGUCAUUAAGGUUUAGAGCCUGACGUUUGGCAACUCGAACCUUCAGCUCCCUCCACAAAUGUUCUAUGGGAUUAAGGUCUGGAGACUGGCUAGGCCACUCCAGGACCUUAAUGUGCUUCUUCUUGAGCCACUCCUUUGUUGCCUUGGCCGUGCGUUUUGGGUCAUUGUCAUGCUGGAAUACCCAUCCACGACCCAUUUUCAAUGCCCUGGCUGAGGGAAGGAGGUUCUCACCCAAGAUUUGACGGUACAUGGCCCCGUCCAUUGUUCCUUUUGAUGCGUUGAAGUUGUCUGUCCCCUUAGCAGAAAAACACCCCCAAAGCAUAAUGUUUCCACCUCCAUGUUUGACGGUGGGGAUGGUGUUCUUGGGGUCAUAGGCAGCAUUCCUCCUCCUCCAAACACGGCGAGUUGAGUUGAUGCCAAAGAGCUCCAUUUUGGUCUCAUCUGACCACAACACUUUCACCCAGUUCUCCUCUGAAUCAUUCAGAUGUUCAUUGGCAAACUUCAGACGGGCAUGUAUAUGUGCUUUCUUGAGCAGGGGGACCUUGCGGGCGCUGCAGGAUUUCAGUCCUUCACGGCGUAGUGUGUUACCAAUUGUUUUCUUGGUGACUAUGGUCCCAGCUGCCUUGAGAUCAUUGACAAGAUCCUCCCGUGUACUUCUGGGCUGAUUCCUCACCGUUCUCAUGAUCAUUGCAACUCCACAAGGUGAGAUCUUGCAUGGAGCCCCAGACCCGAGGGAGAUUGACAGUUAUUUUGUGUUUCUUCCAUUUGCGAAUAAUCGCACCAACUGUUGUCACCUUCUCACCAAGCUGCUUGGCGAUGGUCUUGUAGCCCAUUCCAGCCUUGUGUAGGUCUACAAUCCUGUCCCUGACAUCCUUGGAGAGCUCUUUGGUCUUGGCCAUGGUGGAGAGUUUGGAAUCUGAAUUGAUUGAUUGCUUCUGUGGACAGGUGUCUUUUAUACAGGUAACAAACUGAGAUUAGGAGAACUCCCUUUAAUAGUGUGCUCCUAAUCUCAGCUCGUUACCUGUAUAAAAGACACCUGGGAGCCAGAAAUCUUUCUGAUUGAGAGGGGGUCAAAUAAUUAUUUCCCUCAUUAAAAUGCAAAUCAAUUUAUAACAUUUUUGACAUGCGUUUUUCUGGAUUUUUUUGUUGUUAUUCUGUCUCUCACUGUUCAAAUAAACCUACCAUUAAAAUUAUAGACUGAUCAUUUCUUUGUCAGUGGGCAAAUGUACAAAAUCAGCAGGGGAUCAAAUACUUUUUUCCCUCACUGUGUGUGUGUAUGUAUGUAUAUAUAUAUAUAAAUAUAUAUAUAUAUAUAUAUAUAUAUAUAUAUAUAUAUUUUUUUUUACAUAAAAAAACUCCUUGUAUGCUAUUUUUAUCUCCCUCCAAUUAUGUUCAGAUUAUGAGGGGGUACCUGAUGAAUUUGUUGUCACAAAAGGGGUCCCCGGUCCCAAAACGUUUGCGAACACCUGAUUUUAGACUUUAUUUUCAACAUAUUGAUAUAGUCUUUUAACUUAUAAAACUGCACAGUUUUGCUUUGUAAAGUAAAAUAGAGUCUUGCACAUCACAAUAUAUCGUCAGUCAAAUAUCACGAUAUUCGAAUUAAUCAUAUCGGCCCAACCCUAUUGGGGAGGGCAGAAGAUGGGGGGGGGGGGGGGAGGGCAGAAGAUGGGGGGGGGGGGGGGGGGGGGGGGGGGGGGGGGGGCAUUUCUCCAGUGUUAUUUCACAUGGCAAGGCUGCAAGCAAGUCUUAGUGAAGGAUGUAUCACUUAAACCCUACCACUCCUUAACAUAGCUUUGUACUCUUAACCUGUCCACUGUCGAUGUACUGUAUCUAAAUACAAUGGCCUCAAGUCAUCUGGACAGAAAAUACCUAGAUGAGUUCAAUAUAGGCUUUCACUAUAAGUAAAAACACUUCUAUAUAGACUUCAAAUAUUACUCAAGUGUGUUUACACCAAUAGUGUCAAGACGCUUAAAAACGGUGUCAUCUAAUUUCUACAGAUUGCACAGUUGUCAUAUGAGUUGCAACACUGUUGACAGAUGACUGUAAAUUGAGAGACAGUUGAUGGACAACUGUAAAUGUUGGAUACUAAAGCAAUGCUCUAAAAGUGGUGCUGGACGUUUGACCUGUCAUCCAGACCAGUUUUAGUGCAGCAGGGUUCAGAGCCCAGCAGGAGGUCUCUGUCUCUCCGUCUCCUCUUCCUUUGUCUCUGUAGGAGAGGUAA